AUGGGAGUUGAUGACAGUGGAGAUUCUGUUAAAGAGACACUGGGAGAAGAAAAACAUACUGAAUAUAAUGGAAUCAAGGUCGCAGCAUCUCCUGGCCAACUUUUAGAUGAGGCACAGCUGUCGCUGAAAUCGAGUGAUGCCUUAACACCACUUUGUGUAUUUUGUGGGAUGAAUGGUCAUCUGAAUCUUGGACAGGGUGAAAUGCUAAGGUUUCAUACAAAGCUUGAAUACUUAGAGCCCCCUUCAUGGUACAUUGACCACAUUAGUAAGGUGAAGCUAAAGCAAGAGAAGUGCAUCAAUAUUUUGGUGACCAACCGGUUAACACAUACUAAUCGGCGAAAUCAACACAGUAGGGUAGUGGUCGCCUCCUUCUCAUCAUUACCGACGGAUUCUGAUUCCUGUAAAGUGGGGCCGCAUGUAUCCCUUGAUGGAUGCCGUCGAAAUAAAAACAAGAAUUGUUUUGGUUAUGAUUGCAAACCUAGUCUCGCAGGAAUGCCGACAGCGUAUUUCGACUGCAGUGGUCGACCUUUUGGUUUAGUUGAAGAACUAAAUUAUGUUGGUUGGCCUUCACCUGUAUAUGUUGGUGAAAAUCUGCAACUUCGCAAUCUGGUUGUAAGAUGCACCCCACGUGAAGGUGGUGAAGGUGGUUGGAUUUACGCACACCAUUGCUGUGCUUCAUGGUCAAACGGUGUUCAUUUCAAUGAUCAGAUGGUUCUUGAGGGGGUUGAGGAAGCAGCAAAUAUUGCUGUAUCUCGAAGUUGUUCUCUGUGUCUUCGUUACGGAGCGAGCAUAUCUUGCCGUGUAAGCGGAUGUGACUCAUGUUUCCAUUUUCUGUGUGCAGCAGGAUCUGGUUGUCUGCAGGAUAUUGAGACUCUAGAGCUGCUAUGUCCAGUUCAUAUUUCAGAAGCUGUAGCAUCGAACUACGCCUCAUUACAGUGCGCUCUCUGUGAAUCUCUGGGUGAUGUAACUGAGCUUCUGUUCUGUACUAGUUGUGGCAGUCAUUAUCAUGCUUCUUGUUUAGAACCACCUCUGCAACCGAACCCCACAAUUCGCAUUGGUUGGCAAUGUGCGGAGUGUAAAACCUGUUUAAUUUGCAAUGAAAGUAAAGAUGAAAACAAAAUGCUGGUUUGUGACGUUUGUGACAAGGGCUAUCACACUUAUUGCUUGAAGCCUCCUGUUUCCAGUAUUCCUAAAAAUGGAUUCAGAUGUGAGCGGUGUCGUGUAUGCUCUGAUUGUGGAGGUGGACGUGCUUCUACUACAAGUGGCCUGGAAGGACCAGUAGCCUUCAAUAAUGAAAUCAAUCCAAAUGUUCGUUGGCACAGCAACUAUACCUUAUGUGACCGUUGUUUUCAUACUCACAAACGCCCAAUUCAUGCUGCCCUGUAUGUGAACGAGCCUGGCGUUGCUCAUUACCGGUACGUGAAAGCUCUUCAGUAA